UUUUACAGUACGGUUUGUACCUGUGGAGACGCCUGACCAGAAUUAUUAAAGGUCAACCCAGGAAAGGAUGUUACUGUGGUCACAAUGAAUGGGCGACAUGAUCUCAGCAUGCCUGAGUUGAAUUGUGAGGCAUGCAAAGCCACUUGGACUGCUGGAGUGGACGACCUCAUUCGCAGUGACUACUGGCCUGCUACACUUCACUCUGCUACAGUUUAUGCAACCGAGAUUUUGUUUUCAUUUGAAGAAAUGAAGAUGGUGGCACCAGGAUUGUCCUGCCAGGCAUUUUUGACAAUGUCCGCUUUGGCCGUACUGGGAAGAUCUCUGCAGACAGCUUCCAAAUAAGUUUUUUUGAGUGGGAAGCUGUGCAACAUCUGCAAAGAGGAGCCCUUCAUCUGUCCUGCGUGCACCCCAAAUAUGCUUGCAGUUUCCGUGGAUGGAAAUCGCAAGCAUUACCGGUUCAAGAAUGCAUCUAGAUCCGAGGAACAGGCCAUUUUUCAAGGCGUCUUCAUAGCCAAGGAUGAAGACGUUGCCACAUUUGUGGACCACAUACACAGGACAUCCAAACAUGUCUCUGGAAGAGGUGUUUGUGGAGGGGAGUGGUCAGCAGCUAGAGAGACCUCCCAAAGAUCCACCAGCAAGGUAGAUGAGGAGGGACUGGAGCUUGCGGUGUGUAGGCAUGGUGUUCUGCUGCGUGCUCUCAAUAUGUACAGGGGAGAAAUGUUUGCUUAUCCCCUGUAUUUGCAAGAAAAGCUUGCCAGCAGGCAAAUCACUUUCUUCUGUAUGGAUGUGACCUGCAAGUAUUGGCCCUACCUCCAAAAAGUUGCAAAAAGCUGUCCAGAGCUCCAGCCCCUCCUCAGCAUGAAGCCGUUCCUGUCUGUAUUUCAUGCCAAAGCUCAUGAUUUCAAAUGCGAGGUCAAAUGGAGUGGGGCAUAUCAGGAAGGGGCUGGCCUAACACUAGGCGAGGAGGUUGAGCAGUGCAAUGCCUUCCUCUCUAGGAUUGCAGUGACCACAAAGCACAUGUCAAAAGCUGGACGCACAGACAUGCUGACUCUCUUGGCCAUGCGCUGGAAUCAGCAAAAGUUCGACAAUUUGGCCACCUCACUGUCUCACAGAUAUCACAAGACCAUAAAAUCUCUACAAAGCAAGCAACAGAAUCUUGAGUCCAUGAAAGCUCAGUUGGCAGUGACAGAGAGCCAUUUGGAAGACUGGGUCAGUGAUGUCAAAGAGUGGGCAGAAGACUCUGUCGAUCUAAGGACAAAGAGAAAGGCGUUUGACAUCAUCAUGGCAGUAAGGAGACUGGAGGAGGAGAAGAAUAUUCUUGUUCUGGAGAUGGACCACCACUGGAAAUGGCUUUCAACUCGUGCAAAGACCUCGCAAGAGUUGUCCAGUCUACUUUCUAGUGAGACAGUGAAAAAUUGGCCAUGUGGCUUUAGUGAAGAGGGGUUGAAAGGUCUGCAGAGCAUCAUCCUGAGAAAGCAGCAGAACAUCAGAGAGAAGAAGAUGCAAGCUAGAGACUGCUACCUGCGACUUUUGUCUGGAGAGACUGCAGAGAACAUGAGCUUCUUGCACAAGCUGGAUGAUUCUGACAGUGACUUGGACAGUUCUGAUGAUGCACUGUAAUUGUACCCGUUACCGCUGCUCCACUUUCUUGUGCCAGUGGAAUUACAAAUGCUACUGUAGGUUGGUCAUGUGAUGCCCUCUGGCCCAAAAAUACUUCUUACCAUUGCAACAAAACAAAUGAGCCAUGGUAGCAUGGUUUCCAGCAGGAGUGUUUUAGAAAAAACGGACAAAAUCUCCUUCAUUUCUAGUAUUACUAUAAUUAGUAUUAUUAUUUUUAUAUAGACAGCAGAUAUGAGAGGACAGGGAAGACUGUUUACAAAGUAUCAGGGGAUGCAGCUCAUAUAGGUUAAAUCAAUAAAUAAUAAUAAUAAAUAGAAUAAAAGAUUCUGGGGCAGUGGGCUCCACAUAAAAUACACCAUGGCUACUCACUUCCUGCAAAUUUCACAAAGAACAAUCUGUUUGAAGCAAAUAUUCUCUGGUCCAGCCUUAGCUAAAAAUACACAAAGACGGAAUCCAUUGGCACGUUGAACCAUGCGUGGUUCACUAACCAGCCUGUUUGUAACUGGUAUCCUACCGACAAAGUUACCUGCACUUCAUGUGCUUAACAGAGUUUAGCAGUUUAGAUAACAUACUGUCCAGCUGUUGUGACUUAAUGAACCACUGUUACGACCCCAGGGUUGUGACUGCUUCUUCCCUGUGUGUAUGUGUCUGCGUGUGAGAUGGGUUGCAGGUGUGCAUGGCCUAUGUGGGUGAGUCUAGGGUGGAUCCUGGGAGCUGAUUGGUCCUGCACAGGAAGGACUCUGAAUAGGAGGCC